GCUUCCCAACUAACUGACUGGUCCCUUGUCAAAGCACGACAGGGCACUUGUAUACAUCACUACAGUCUAUUGUCCAAAUCAAGUCACCCCCAACCCCGCAUCUCGCGGAUACGUGCCUGUCGCCGCCAUGGCAGAUCACGCUGAUGCUGGGGACGUCAAGAGCACUUCCCUCAGCAGUUCCGUGUCUUCAAUAGGCCGAACGCCGCCGCCUGCACUCAAGAUGGGCAGUCCGAGCCCGCACUCUUCACACCGUUCGAGCUUCGUUGAACACAUGCGGGGGACCCCCACUUCACCGCGCGCAUCACGCCAGCCUUCCCUCACACAGCAAGCCCUACAAGAUCUUUUGAACAACCCGCCGACAAAAGGUGGAGACCCCAAGUUCCAAGGGCGCGAUUGGAAGUCAGUCCGACUGGGCGAAAUUGUCGACCCAGAGCAGGUCAGAUUUGUCGAAUACGAAACCAGCGUCGAAGAAGCUACAAAUCUACUAGUCAAACAUGGGGCUCCCAACGUGGUCCUACUCCGCGAAAACGCAAACACACGACAUGCAACAGGCACCUUCGAUUACAGUGACCUAAACGCGUACCUUCUCCUAGUAGUCGGCCUUGCACACCCAGAAGAAGGAGAUAUUGCUUCAUUUGACGAACUCGCCAAGAAGGGAAGAGAGGGCAAACCCAUCCCGCUCCGAGAUGUGAAGGAAGUCGGUGGCAGGAAGGAACCACUGAUUACACUCGACGAGACAACAGAUCUGUCCAAAGCCAUGGAGGUCUUCGGAAGUGGCGUACACAGAGUACUGGUAGCCGAAGAAGGCACUUCAAACGUCAUUGGAAUACUUACACAAUUGAGAUUGGUCCGAUUCUUCUGGGAGAACCGAUCGAGCUUUCCAGCCGUAAAUCAGCUAUACCCGCAGCUGAUCAAAGAUCUAAGUCUUGGAUCGAAGACUGUUCUAGCUAUCAAUGGUGACAAGCCUUUGGCCGCAGCUCUUGAGCUCAUGAACAACGAGGGCGUUUCGUCUCUGCCAGUCCUUGACGCGCAAAACAACGUCAUCGGCAACAUCUCACAUGCCGACGUUCGACUCCUAACAAAGUCUACUUCUCUCCCACUACUUCGGUCAUCCUGCAUCCAUUUCAUCUCUGUCAUCUUAUCUGAACGUGGCGUAAAUGACGGAAAAGACUCUUUUCCCGUCUUCCACGUCAACCCCUACAGUACUCUUGCGCACACGGUAGCGAAAUUGGUUGCUACCAGUUCGCACCGCAUGUGGGUCGUCGAUGCUCCCUCUCCCGCAUCUUCAGGGCCUCCAACCCCGGCAAUGACCCCAGCCGUCAUUGUGCCACCUUCGCCAAUUACACCCCUACCGGGAAUGGCAGGCCCUAUACCGGUAAACUCUACAGCGCCUACGCACCUGGCUGCUACCGGUGCCGUUGCACCAGCUAUCUCCGCAUCGGCGAUUUCGGCCAUGCCGGGCGCCAGCUUGUCAGGCAGGCUCAGUGGCGUCAUCAGCCUUACCGAUGUGCUUAAUCUAUUUGCGCGAGCAAGUGGACUGCAUCCUCACGACCCUGACGAAGCGAGACGUGCUAGGCGCAGGUCGAGCUCUAGCAGUAUGAGGCAUAGCAUGGACAGCUCGCGUAGCGAGAGUGUGUCAGGUAUUGCAGGGCGCCGAAGCAGCGUGAGCAAGAGGGAGGAAAGUGGCCCAACACUUCAGGGUUUAGGUAUUUCUAGAGGUCGCGGUUCGUGA